AUGUCAUCUAGCAAUGGCGCUUCACAUUCAACUCAAAGAGAAGUCAAAUGUGGUGGUAUUGCUGGUCUUAGACCAGUUAAUACAGAAGAUUUAAAAAUUUGGGACAUGUAUAAACAACAUUUGGAAAAGAAAAUACGAAAUCAAUUUCAUGUACCAACUAGUCAUACACUCAAACCAGUUCAAGUUGCAACACAAAUUGUAGCUGGACAAAAUUACUUUUUCAAGGUUGAAUUACCUGAAAAAAAAUACGCAACAGCUCGUGUUUAUCAUGUUCCAUGGCAACAAGAUACCCAUGGUAAAGAAGAACAAGUAGCUGUACAUGCUAAACUACUUGAUAGUCCCAAUCAAGAUGUUGGUCAUUUUUAA